CAUAUCUACAUAUCUCCGCUUAUUAUUCCUGUCCCUUCAAGUCUAAAAAAAAUGGAGACACACUCACAAGAAGUACGAGAAAUAAAGGAAACACUGGCGUAUAUAGAGAAUGGGACCACCGUAAGAGUUAGUGUAAUACUGAAGAGAUUUCUCAGUUCUCAAAUCAAACUCAGCAGUCAAGCUUCGGAAGGACACGACAAUCCUUGGGACUCUAAUGUCUUCGACCCUCAAGUAGAUGAGGAGACCACAAAUAUGAACAACAUUCUUGGGACUGGCGAAAGCGACCCCAAUAACCAUAAUGACCAAAAAACAGCAGAACGAAAUACUUCUUGGGGUUCAGGCCUCAUGGGACCGCAAACACUCAGCAUGAAGAACGACAACGCCAGAGAAGGCAAAUCGGUAUUGCCAAUGGACCAGAUCCAAUACGAAGAAACUAAACCGAUAAUUAAGUCUAUGAACAGUAUCCAGGAAGGGACUAAGAUAUUACGACGGUGUGUCAUUGAAAUUUGUCAAGAAAGAGGCACGUUAGACUUGCUGUCAAUGCAGACCUCUGAAGGGUCUUGGCCAUGGAAAGAAGAACUGUUCUCGUGUAUGGGUCUCAUCCCUACGAUGGUUGCAGCUACAAUGGAGGUCCAAGAUACAGAAUCACUCUCGGCGAUAGUUGCUGCAACCGUAGUAGUGAUAAGAUACUCUGAAUAUUUCACAGGAGAAGAUGGCAAUCUAUGGGACGCUUACACGAGUCGAGCGUCCAGCUGGUUGGCAGAACAAACAGAGCCAAGCCAACUUGCAGGCCUCUUGAACCAAGCUGGUGAUCUGUUUUAAAGAUUGUAUAAUAAAAUAAAAUGGUCAAAGCAAGCAGGCAAUCCCAUACUUCCUGGC